CUUUUAACGAGGCAAAUUCGAAAUUAAUUGGAAGAAACGGCAAUCAAAACUGCGAAGCGCAUGCGCAGUCAGACUUCAACGACGCGCUUCGGUCUACAAACGGGCAAGUGAACAGCCAAAAUGGGAGCAUGGAAUGUCAGCAGGCAAUUGCGAAACACUCAAAGUCAACUACAACAAAAGCGGUAAAAACCAACUGUGCAUAGAGGGUAAUCAACAAUAACAAAAACAAUAGAAAGAAAUAUAAACACACUUUUUUCGAAAGCGCGGGUGGAAGAACAAGCAAACGAAAAUUGUCUUGAAGAUUUAGUUAAAAGCGAGUUUAAAUUACUCGCUUGAACUUCAUUAGAGACUUAUAUUUGUAAUAACUAUCAUUAGCACGUUGCUCCGAAAAAAAUAUAACAACAAUAACAAAAAUGAUAACAAAUUCGACAAACACACUUUAUCGGGCGCUCAUGUUGGCAUUGAUUACACAAACCUUUGCAGGCCUUCCGCCACACACACCACUGCGGCGACACUUCAAUCGACGUGCAAUCGAUGACGCCACGCGAAGUGUGGAAUUCACUACGAGUGACCAUGACUUUGCAACGACAGCCAUUACUGAUCCGAGUGAUCCGAACACGACGAGCAUAAGCGGCGAUGAAGUAGGCUUGAUUAGCAAAUCAGCAGAAGGCGAGAGUGGCAACGCGAACGCAAACGCAAGUGCCAGCGUCAGCGCCUUCGAAACCGCCGGUAGUGAAAGUGAAAAUAUACAAUCGGUGAAAAGCACAAAGUUGCUACCCGCAUUGGGUAAUCGCGAUGCGAGCACAGGUGAGCACAAGUCAGGCGAAACGUUGGUGCUAAAUCGAGUGGAAAGUCAUGAAGCGGAGAACACUAAGGAGAUGAUGAAAGAGAGUAUGAUAAAGGUGAAAGAAGGGAUCACUAAUGUCUCCACAUGGCAUCAUGCUGCAAGUGAGGUCACAAAUAAACCAACAGAUACGCGAGAGUUGAGCCAAGAACAGCAAGAGUUGAAUACCGGGCGUGCAGAGCACGUUUUUAGCCAAGCUGAUAAGUGGUUGGGUAAACCGAUGCCAACUGUAAACUUAGAAAAGCAUAUCAAUAAUGGUUUGGAUGAGACGACGUUACGGGAGAAUGAGGAACGGCAGGUCAACGCUGUAUCUAUAGAUGAUAAAACUGAGCAGCCAGCAACAACAGAAGAAAUCUUAAAAGAUUUGGAAGAUAUAGCUGUGAAGCUUAACAUGCCCACCACAAAUCGCACUGAGGAUGUCAACAGCAUGCUGAAAAGUAAAGUUGAAGGUGGGCACGAUGCUUUUGGUUUAGAAGAAACGAUGGGUCGUUCAAUGGGCGCUGUGCAUAGUAGCGAAAAUAAAUUAGAAGUGGCUUUUGGUGAAAAACGUAAGGGCGACGAAAUUGACGAAUCAAAAACUCCAAUGUUACAAACGAAAAUAAAUGUGGAAGGAGAUACAAAAAUUUCUGAACAGAGUGGCAGUGAUGUGCAUUCCAAUCAAAAAAGAACGGAGGCAGAAAUAACAAAAAAUCCAAUAGAAGUUAACUUUAAAACAAUUGACGCCUCAGAGCCUGAAACUGAAUCUCUUGUUGGUAUAGUAACGCAACCUACAGUGACAAAGGAAGAAUCUCAGAUAAAUUUGCAUAUCAAUAACCCUUCUUCAGCCGAGAAACGGGCAAAAUUCUUUAAUGACAAUUCAACUAACUCCCAAAUGAAUCUACCCGACGGACCAGAAGUUUGGUCCCUGGCGGGCAUGAGAAUGGUGCCCAAAGCACCGAAUAUGAAUGGUACUCCUUUGUUAGACAACAAAAGCGCAGAUCUUCGUUGGCAAGCAAAUGAAAUUUUAACCACCGAGCGAACAAUGAACGUAAGCGAUUACAGUGAGAAAAAUUUGUUAGAUUGGACCAAAGUGAUGGGAAUGCGCAGCGAAUUGGAAUCCGAGGGUACAGUAGGAAAAAAUCUGCUGACAGGAAACACGUUAGAGGAGGAUAAAAUUGAUUCAGUGAAAAGUCCAAAGACAGAAUUACCUCUUCAAAUGGCUGAAAAAUGGUUAACAGAUGGACCCUUUAAGAUCAACGCUAGCGUAGAAAAUAUAACUGCAGCUCAUCAAACUACCGAAGGGUUUGCGAUGUUGAAUGUCGAGCACGAAUUUAGUGCCACGCAAACAAUGAAUGAAGUUGAUACCACUCACACAGUAACGAAAACAGCGAUGCCUACAAUUACCACCAACCCGCCCACCACACAAACAACACUUUCAAGUGACUCUCCCUUAUCAAUUGAUAAUAACGAUAAAAGCGCUGAUUUCACGAGUACCGUUGUGACAUCAGGCAUUAGAGAGCCGUUGAAUGAGUUUUCGGCGAUGGCAAUUGAAACAUCUGCACCGCGCACGAAUGCUGAGAAGGCAGGUAUGGAAAAAAUUAACGCGGCAGAGGUGAGUAGUACACAACGGCAGCCAAGCGAAGAUUUCAAUUUCAUUAUUACGUCAACGACGCCAGGGGCACUGUUGGACGUUGCUGCUGGCGCAGCGACAGCAAUGCCAGUAUCAAAUGAAACAACUACAAAACAAACAUCAACCACUACAACAAUGUUAACGGCGCUCCCAGUUGAGCAGUCAACCUCGACGACGACGACAACGACACCACCCCCGAGCGACGUCAGCGAAGCACCAACGCGUUGGGAUAAUGCAACAGCACUGGAAGCGCAACCUAAAACGACAGAAGCUACGCUGCUGAGUAAUGUUGAUGCAGGCGUUGGCAGUACAAAAGUUGAUAUGAGCAGCGGUGAUGGCAUGCACAAUGUUACACUUGAGCAGCAGUUGAAACGAGAACCCGAAACUGUAACCGAGACUGCGAAUGUGACUGAGGAGCAAGCUACAUUGCUAACAGUUAGUGAGCAACCGACUAGCGAAGUGAACGGACCGACAAGUGCAAGUGAGAAAACAUCGUACGUAAACGCGAGUGCGAGUACGGAGACGGUCGAGGGUAUUGCGACGCAAAACGAAACCCCAAGCGUUACCACGGAAACUACCACAGAAAGUAAUCAUAUUACAGAAACAGCAACAAAUAUUUUAAUAAACACGGAAUUGUCAACCGAUUUGGUAGAAAUAAAUGCCAAUGCAAAAACAAGUGAAGUGCUUACCGUAACAACAGCGGCAACAACAACGGAAGCUAGCCAAAUUGGUAAUGAAGUAGAAUUAGAAGUACGCACUGAGCACAUUACGGACGCAGCGGAGCGACCCACCGACGCAACGACAGCUACGACGUUGAAUAGCGAUACAGGUUCAAGUACAAUUGAAAAGCUAGAAGAGACGGUGACGAACUUCAACGAGACAAACACAACAGAAAAAACUGUGCCGUCCAUAAAUGAGUUAUUAGUGCCAGUGAACAAAACAACAGACACAACAACAACAUCGCCAAGCACAACGGAAUUGCCAAUUACGACGCCACCAACGCAAUUUGCAGUGGAACCAGUUUUGUAUGCGGCAACAACCCUUAAAAGCGACGAAAACGUAAACGAAGAAACGACAACGACCGUAAUCCCACUGGAAAUAACAACAGUACAAGCAAGUGGGCCAGUGCUCGAGAAUAGCACUACUACCACCAACACGUCAACACCUGUCGAUUUUCGAAAUCACACAACAGUUGCGGAGGGCACACAUGACACAGAAAGUUCAAUUGAAACGAAUGUCAUCGAUCAACUGGACAAGACGACAGUGAAAAUAACUAGCACAACUACCUUAGCACCAACCACUGUUACCAAUUUAGGGGUCACCAAAGUGGACGGCGGUGAAAAAAGCUCAACUGAAGCGUAUCGCGUUGUGUCAGUAUUUGAUGUGAGCAAUGCAACGACAUUGCCCAGUGUGCAGGACGGAGAAACAGCAACAGCUAUCAGUACAAGCAGCACCACUAUGGCCACGAUAGCCAUAAACCCGGAUAGCACUGGAGUGACCAACACAAGUAGUGUCAGCACAACCACCGAACCACCGUUAAUAAAUCUGCUCGAUGAAUCGACAACGGCUGCGUCUACCACCCAAACUUCUAUAUUAAAUCAACCGCCAACAAUUACCUCCAGUAUUGCUGUGAAUCCGCAAGAAGUGUACACAGUAUUCUCUACUACCGAAGUAUCCACCAGCACCAGCACCAGUACUGCCGCUAUAUCUCCGCUAGUGCCAAUUAUAACCACCACAAGUAGCCCUAGUCCACCCGUGGAGUCCUCCACAAAUGCAUAUAUUCCCAAAGUGGCCAGUACGAUUGCCACUCUCACAACAACGAUGUUACCUCCCACAUUGCACGCCGCCAUUGGUGGUGGAAACAGCGGCAGCACUCCUAGUCAUGUGCCGGGUAUGAUUAAUUCCGGUAUGCGUCCUAACUCCAGUGAAACCAAUGAGACGGAUGUGAAUGUCAUCAUUGCCAUUACGGUUAGCAUAAUCGGCGUUGUGGCGCUAAUAUUGCUUGUCGCUUUUCUCUAUUUAAUGCGUAAGCGCCAGAAGCAAAUGUCCUAUGGUCAACGUUGCCGACCGGUUAGUUUAGACGCCUACAGUCUGGACAAUGUCUCGGUUUUGGGCAGUGUGCGACGUAAGGGUGCUCUGCGCGCCUCAAAACGCUCCUAUGGCAAUAUUGCAUUCGAUGAUCCUUCACUGCGACAUAAUGCGCUAAGCGCCAGUGAAUUGGGCAAAUUUAUAGAGCGUCGAUCUAGCAUAUUUGAAGAAUUCAGGGAUGUACCACAAAUUAUUGCGCGCGCAGAUGAAGUACCAGCGGGCUGUGAAGAUAAAAAUCGAUAUGCCAAUGUAAUACCGCUUCCUGAGACGCGUGUCGUACUUCAGCAGCUUGGAGAUGAUGAUAAAACGGAAUAUAUCAAUGCAAAUUAUGUCAGAGGCCCUAAAGACUCACCCAAUUACUACAUAGCCACGCAAGCGCCGCUGGAAACAACAGUUGCCGACUUCUGGCGCAUGAUUUGGGAGCAACAAUCGCGUGUAAUUAUACAAGCAACCGAUCUCUAUGAGAAUGGUAUCGAGAAGUGUGCCGAAUACCUGCCACCAUCUGUCACUUUAGACAAUCACACAACAUACGGCGAUUUCCAAAUAACGCUUAAACAUCGGGAAGUCAAAGAUAAAUAUGCAAUUUCAACACUGAUGCUUAAGAAUACAGCCGAGAAUAUGAGUCGUGAACUCACGCAUUACUGGUACAAGUGGCCGGAAGCAGGUGUACCCAACGAAGAGGCACCCAUUAUAGCAAUGUUAUUGGAGGCGCGCUCAUCUCUCAAAGGUUACGUGAACGAAGCGAGAGAGAAAAAUUCGAAUUCAACACUUAAUGCAGAUGGUAACGGUCAUGGUGAUAUAGUCCAUAAUGGUAAUGGUACCACGGUUAUCACGGUAGACGAUGAUGUAGCGGACAAAUUGGGAACGGAACGUGUAAGUGGCGAAGGAAAAGAAAGUGGCGGGAAUUCUGAAAUAAAUGGCAAUGUUUCGGGUGUGGAUAAAAUGAAAAGCACAACGUUGAAGAAUCAAGGUCCCUUAACGAUUCACUGCUCUCCAGGUACUGGACGCACCGGCACAAUUAUCGCCUGUGACAUGGCCAUACGCAGUCUGGAGACACCGAAGCGUUCGGUUGACAUUCCACAAAUCGUUUAUUAUGUGCGACGCGGGCGUGCGAGCGCUGUUCAAACCAAGGAACAAUACGAAUUUAUUUACAAGGUGGCGCAUAUGUAUGCGACAAAGAUCACAAAUCUAUCAAAUGAUAAUUGAGAUCGCCAGUAACCGAUUUAUGUAUAUCAUCGGCUAUAUAAAUCAUCGUCCGAUAUAAAUGCAUAUACUAUAUAGUAAAUACAUAUACUCGUACAUUGAAAUUUACAUCUGAUUUUUUAAGUAAAUAAGUAGUCGCAUUACGCUGCGAAUUUAAAUAUACUAUAUGUACUUGGUGGGUCGUCUGUCACUACUCUGGUACCCCCAAUAGUCAAAAGAUGUAAUACUAUAUGUACUAUUAAUAUAUUUGUAUAGAAACAUAUCUGGUAUAAGUAUGCCAAUCAAAGUAUUUACAUAAAUACUGCUGUUGUAUGUGUUGUACAUAUAUUUAAGUAUCAUGGUAUAUACCAUUUAUAUCUACAUAGCUUUCUCCACCUAGAGAAUUUAAUUUCUUGCACAUCUACUCCGCUUCUUUAUCCAUAAAUUUGUAUUACUUUUGUAUGUAUGUAUAUCUUUUUUUAAAGAAAAUUAUGUACAAUUUAUUUUUAUUUAUGGUAUGUAAAUGCGUGCAUCGCCUUAACUAAUAAUAAUGCUAUUGAAAAUAUUCCUCUAUUAUUGUGAUAUAAACAUACAUUUUAAUUAUUGUAAAUUAUAUUUUGUUUAAUUAGGUUGUAAAUAAAUAUUAAAUACGAGUAUGUGAAAACGCAGUUAAAUAACUGCAGAAUCAAAUGUAAAAAGUAAUGAAACUAAUUAUAUAUAUUGAGAUAUUGUCUAAAAGCAGUUACAAAUAAAAUCAUAUGAAUAUUUCUGAGAA